AUGAAAUUAACGUGGAAGAAUCAAAGCACGAACCAGAACAAGAAGCGACCUAUAUCUCAGUACUCAAACCUCCCUUUCGAUCGAGAUGAAGAAACCCACGACACCAACACAAAUGAAAACAACGUAGAACGACACAAAAUUGAUGAUGGGGCGGAGCCGCCAGAGCAAUUCACUCAAAACGGCGACGUACAGCGAAAAACCUUGGCUUCUGAAAAAGAUGAGACUACCCAGCUCGCUGAGGACUUUCAAGGGCAAGGAAACAAGCUCGCUGAGGAUGGGAAAUAUCGUGAAGCACUUGGGAAGUGGGAAGCUGCUCUUACUUUGACGCCAGACAGAGCAGUUUUACAUGAACAAAAGGCUCAACUUUUACUUGAAAUUGGAGAGGCAUGGAAUGCUUUGAAGGCUGCAACUCGAGCUGCUGAAUUGGAGCCAUCAUGGGCUGAGGCCUGGAUCACCCUUGGUAGAGCACAGUUGAACUUUGGGGAGCCCGAUAGGGCCAUGGAAAGCUUUGACAGAGCGUUAGCUAUUAAGCCUGAGUCUGUGGAGGCACAGGAUGACAGGCAAACUGCAUUACAUCUAGUGAAGAGGCGAAAGCAGCUACAUUCAUCAGGGUUGAGUGCUACUAAAAAUCGUUAUGAAGUAGGAGACAAGACCGAAAGCCCCUAA